AAAACAAAAUUUCAGAUUUCCUCAAGCCUAAGUCACGAGUUCGUUUCCACUCUUGCACAUCUCAUCACCGAAAAUUUUACUUCGUACCCCUACAAUUGCCCUUCUACCCCUACAAUUUUGUAAAAAUGCCAACUUUACCCUCAAUAGUUAAUAACCAUUUUACCAUUUUACUUUUUACCAUUCAUCUAAAAAGUCAAAAAAAUUCAAAUCUGCACCCCUACGCACCUUCAAUUCGGAACACUUAUGGUAAGUCAUCCGGUUCACAAAUUAACAAACCGGAACACAUUAUACAAGUCAUCCGGUUUGCUUUUUUUUCUUCCCGGAAGACAUUCUAAAACUGUUCCGGUAAUACGAAAAUCAAACCGGAACAGAUAAGCAAAGUGUUCCGGUGCAUUUGUAAUCAAACCGGAACGGUUUUGAAAAGUGAUCCGGUGAACUUGAUAUCAAACCGGAACAGAUUGGAAAACUGUUCCGGAACGCAUUUUGUAUUUUUAAAUUUUUGGUUUUUUUUUUGUAGGUAUGGAAGUUCCGCUCCAAAUUUGUCGGAAAAACGAGACAGCUAUAGAUACCACUGAUGUUUUCACAACUUCACAGAGAUUUGUCACACGGGAAGAAGUCAUCCGCUGGGUUAAAGAGACCGGAAUCAACAAUAAAGUGACUGUUAUCAUAGCGCGUUCAGACACUGAAACAGGCAAAAGAGGAAGAAGUAACAAAGUUAUAUUUGCGUGCGAUAAAGGUGGAAAAUAUAAGGAUAAAAGUGAGACUCAAAGUGCUACUAAGAGAUGUGGAUGUCCAUUCAAAAUCAGAUCGACUCCGGCAAAAGAUGGGUCUGGAUGGAAGGUUGAUGUAAAAUGUGGAGUUCAUAAUCAUGGUUUACCAGAUAGAUUAGAAGGCCAUUCAUUUGUUGGUAGGUUGACAACAGAUGAGAAGCAGCAUGUUGCUGAUUUGACAAAGAGACAUGUUCCGCCUAGACACAUAUUGACUUCCUUGCAAGAGCGAGAUCCUGAGAACGUCACUCGGAUCACGCAAAUAUACAAGCAUAAAAGUGUGAUUGAAGCAGAGAUAAGAGGUCCAAGAAGUGAGAUACAACAUUUGCUUAAGCUUAUAGAGGAGGCGAACUAUGUUUAUUGGAGUAGGAAACGGGAUGAUUGUGAAGUUGUGAGAGAUAUUUUUUGGGCACAUCCAGAUUCGGUAAAGUUGCUGAAUCUUUUUCCUACUGUCUUGAUUAUGGACGCCACUUAUAAGACCAACAAAUAUAGACAACCUCUGUUUGAAAUAGUUGGUAUGACAUCGACCGAGUUGACAUUUGCGGUUGCAUUUGCUUAUAUGGAGUGUGAGCAGACAGAGAGUUAUAUUUGGGUCUUGGAUAAGCUGAAGCAAUUGUUUGUGAAGAAAGAUGUGGUUCCACAAGUGAUUUUGACGGAUAGAGAUCUUGCUUUGAUGAAAGCAGUUGAAGUUGUUUUUCCUACGACGCAUAACUUGCUAUGUCGCUUUCAUAUUAACCAAAAUGUUGGGAUGAAAUGCAAGGAAUAUGUGAUGAAAGACAUGCGAGAGACGAUAGGCACAUUGUGGAAAGAUGUUGUAUGGGCUAGUAAUGAGGUUGAGUAUGGUGUACGGUUGCAAUAUCUUGAACAAGCAUGCUUUGCUUGUACUAACUUCCUCGAUUACGUGAAGAACACUUGGUUGAUCCCACAUAGGCAAAGAUUUGUAGGCGCAUGGAUUAAUCGAGUGCUUCAUUUUGGUAACACCACGACAAAUCGGGUUGAAUCUGCACAUUGGAAGCUAAAGCAGAUGUUAGGAAACAGCCUUGGUGACAUGGUCAAAGUUUGGGAAGCUAUGAAUUCUAACCUAAAAAUCCAAAUAGGUAACAUUCGAGCUUCGUUUCAAAAAAGUUUUUAUGAGGUUGAGCACGCACACAUUAGUCCAUUUUAUGAUAAUUUGCGUGGUUCAGUAUCGAGAGCUGCUUUGAGACGCAUUGCAGAAGAGUUAUCGAGGCUUGAUUAUGUGUUAAAUAGUAGGGAAACAUGUGGUUGUACUAUGAGAACAAGUUAUGGGCUACCUUGUGCUUGUGAGAUGGGAAGAUCGAUUGUUGUUGGAAUCCCAUUACAAAUAGAAAGUGUUCAUCUUCAAUGGAGGAUACUAUCUAUGGAAGGUGACUUGCCUUUAGAUGAGGAAGCUGGUUCGGAGGUUGAUAUGAAUAAUGCAAUUGAUGAAUUGUGGAGAAGGUUUAAAUCACUAGAUGUUGUUGGAAAAAGAGCAUUGAAAAGUAGGGUUUGUGAAAUUGCAUAUCCCACAACAACUUCAUUGUGUCCACCACCUGAGAAAAUAAAAACUAAAGGCGGAGUGAAGAGGAAAGGGAAGAAACCAGUUGGGUAUGAUGUUUAUAGGGAUCCUUCAGGUUUUGAGUAUGCUGAUCAGGCGUCUCAAUGUUCACAAAAACAAUCGCAAGCAUCACAAACUUCCAGGAAGCAAUCACAAUCAAAGAAGCAAUCACAAGCAAAGGAUGAGGAUUUCACUCUUCAGUUUCCUUGUCAUAUUAGGCCAUAUAUUACCGAGAUUGUUAAUGUUGUAGCAGAUGGUAAUUGUGGAUUUAGAGCAAUUGCUUCGUGGCAUGGGUAUAGUGAGGAUGGUUGGGCAAUGGUUCGUCGUGACUUGGACAUGGAAUUAAGAGAAAAGAAGGACUUAUAUGAGAGAUUGUUCGGUCUAAGUUUAUCCGAAGUGAGGAAUGGAUUGUUGAUAGAUCAUGUUGGUUUUCAACCACCGGAGAAAUGGUUGACACUACCAGAGAUGGGUUAUUUGAUAGCGAAUCGGUAUAACAUUAUUCUUGUGCUGCUUGGUAACCCUUGCUUGACCUUUUUUCCUAUGACAACAACAUUUUCUCCAAGUGCUCCUACAUAUUGCAUUGGCCUUGUCAACAAGAAUCAUUAUCUUCGGGUUAAUAUGAAAGAAGGCUUCCCGCUGCCACCCGUCACGGUAGAUUGGAUGAAGUUUCGUCUUCAAGUGGCGACAUCUUGGAUGUUAGGAUUUGCUGGACGUCUUCAACAUUGGCAUCAUCUUACGCCUAUGUUACCAUCACGUGUUAAUAUAGAUUAAUUAAGUGACUUUAAUUUAUAUGUAAUA